AUGGCAGCCAAGCUGCGUUCUUUCUUGCCUGCAUUGCUUGCGUGGCAGACAGAAGGACUUCAGCCGCACAUCUGGUUCGUGUUAGUUGACGAUUUGGGCUGGGCAGACGUGGGAUUUCAUCGGGAGCAGCCCAAUCCAGAGGUUGUGACUCCGAAUUUGAAUAGUCUCGCAGCAUCCGGAAUCCACCUUGCCCGGCACUACGUGCACCCUAUGUGCACGCCAACACGGACGUCAGUUCAGUCGGGAAGGUUGCCUGUCCACAUUAACACCCGUUUGGGCGAUGUUUGUGAUGAUGACACCGGCAUCCCAUACAACAUGACAGGAGUGGCGGAGAAGAUGAAGUCCGCAGGAUACAAAACCCACUUUGCUGGUAAAUGGGAUGCAGGGAUGUCAACCCCACGUCACUCACCGCAUGGUCGAGGCUAUGACACCAGCCUACACUACUUCUCACACAAGAACGACUUCUACAAUCAAGGCAACAUGCAGACUUGCUGCGAGUCAGACCCCUCCAUCAUAGAUUUCUGGCGUACCAACCGCGGAGCACGUGAUGUGAAUGGCACUGGAUAUUCCGAAUUUCUCUAUCAGACCGAGAUGCUAUCAGUGAUUCAGCAACACGAUCCGGCUGUUCCGCUCUUCUUGUUCUAUGCGCCGCACGUGGCUCAUUGUCCCCUGCAGGUUCCAGAGCAGUACUACAACAGAUUUAGUUGGAUGUCCGACGACGAGGACCAAUGCCGUCAGCAAACAGUUCAGAGCGAGCAUCCUAUUGAUCCGUCGAAUUUGAAGCUGGAGUACAAGUGCCGGCAGCAGCAUGCUGCAAUGGUCAUGCUAAUGGAUGAAGUUGUGGGGAAUAUCACUGGUGCUUUGAAAACCAAGGGCAUGUGGGACAACACGCUCAUGAUAUUUUCUUCCGACAAUGGUGGGCCGGUGAGACUGGCAGAGAACGCAGCAAACAACUGGCCCCUCCGUGGUGGAAAGUACAGCCAGUUUGAGGGUGGAAUUCGGGCAGCCGCCUUUGUUUCUGGGGGUGCAAUUCCACAAGAGAUGCGCGGGACGAGCAAAAGUGGCAUCAUACACAUAGCAGAUUGGUACGGAACACUAUGCAGUCUUGCAGGCGUCGAGGUCUUUGAUGACCGCGCAGCAGCUGCGGGUCUGCCGCAGGUAGAUUCACUUAAUGUGUGGCCUUACCUGAUGGGAGCAGCUGCACGCUCGCCGCGCUCCAUCGUCCCCGUGGGCAGUACAUGCCUCAUCUCAGGUGAUUGGAAGCUCAUCACUGCUGCGACCGCGCCGAGCUUUUGGCAAGGCCCACGCUUCCCAAACGCAAGCUCCGGAGAGGACACAGCUUCUGCAUGUUCUGGUGGCUGUCUGUUCGACAUCGAGCACGACCCAACGGAGCAAGUGAACUUCUUCGAGCAGCGACCGGAUAUAGUAUCAAGCAUGUCAUCGCAGUUAGCUGAACUGCGGUCGACAUUCUUUGAGAACAAGGACAGGUUCGUAAACAGUUGUCCCGAGGGUGUGGUCAAUUGUGCGUGCUGGCUGGCGCACAACCGUUAUGGUGGCUUCUUGGGCCCGUACGCUUUGCUCGACACACCCUUUGAGCCCAGUGAGCCUGUCCUGCGACCCACAGACCUGGACUGUUCAAGUUCACCGGAAUGGGAGAGAUUUCGCCUGGCGGCUGUUGCACAUAGCAGGAAUGGCUGGGAUGUCGAGGCGAGCGGUGCCAAAGAGCUGGAGUCGAUGGCUAGAAGCCUGGUGGCGAAGUGGAGAUGGAUCGUUUGCAAGGAGGACUGUCAGACAACACAGCACCUGGCUUGGUUUUUCGUAGAGGACUGGGGUGCACGUUGCAAAGCCAGUGUCAACUUCGACCGUUACCUCAUCACCCAUUACUUCAGGAACCGUGGGCUGGAGUUCGUUCAGCGGACGCCCUCGGAUUACUGUCACUUCGGUUUCAUGACUGCUCUCGUGAUCGCAGCCCAGUUCGAAUUCCCUCAUUCGGUGGCCCAGGCCGGCCGGAUGCUCUUCCUCGCGUACGUCCUCCUCGGCGACUUUUUUGCCUUUGACUGGCUGAGAUCUUCCGGCUGGCCCGCGGACUCCCUGCUGGUGAUGUUGAACGUGCACAUUGUGUCGCAGCGCCUCCUCGUGGGCCAAGAUCUGGAGCAAGUUCGCGCUGCCGGUCGGCUUCCAGGAUUGGAGGGACCAGCCUUUUUGCGCUGGCACAGCCGUUGGCAGGGGACGUCAGAAGAUGCGAAAAAGACGCAUCGGGGAAUGGAGCUUGAUGUUGUUCCUGCAUUGCGAAUCUGGCAGUUUGACGACCACACAGCGCUGGCUGGGGAGGCCAAGACUAUGCUUACCAGGUUUGGUCAUGCGAUGAAAGUUCGUGUCAGCUUUCUUGGGAAUUCCUUCCCUUCCAACGUCUGUCGAAACUACGACUUGUGUGCCCAGCCGGAGGACAAGGAGCUCCUGCAGGGACUUCUGCGACGCUACUACAAGGAGAAGCAGGCAUUCGCUACCGUUGCAGCUGCUUUCGAAGAAGCUCUGGGGCAAAGGCUCUCGCGAGAGGCCGACGUCCUUAUGUGCUCGCAACCAUUGAGUUGGUGUCGCUUCCUGAUCAACAUGCGAAAGCCGAUGCUUCUCUACGCUGGGCUGCCCGUGAUGUGGGACAUGCCUGAAGCCGAUCGUGCUGGCUGGGCAGCAGACUUUGCCGACAUCUUGAUGAGCCAACAACACGUGGUCAUAGCAAACAGUGUGUUCGUAGCGAGAGAGGUCCAGUGGCAAUUUGGAGUACGCGUGCCAACGUUGAGACCACUUGGCCUGCACACAAAUGCGAUGCAUGUGCCUGUGUGGAAUUCCACUGUCUUGGUGAGCCGCUUUGGAACCAGUGGAGGGCUUUCGGAGUGCGUGUUGGAAAAGUUCGCGGCAGUCAACCGGCGUUGGUUUCCUCUCCAUUUUGUGCAGAUGGAGUCCUUGCUCUUUGCAGAGCACCUGGCCCAUCUUUUUGCGGAUGACGUGCCAGAGAAUCAGAAGAACGCCCUCUUGGAACAGCUGAAUGCAAUCGAUGGCAGUUUGCCCGGUGGUGGACUGAAGGGCUACCUGGAACGUGGCCGUGCCUUGCUCCAAGAGGCCCAGGCCGGAGUGAACCCCUUUGCCGGGCUGGUGCCUUCGGUGCCGGAGGGGCAGCAGCUCUUCGGCGAGACGGGCCCGGGCAGCCCUACAUUCGCUGCUGCGGAGGAGCUGGGCAUGGCAGAGUUGUCAAAGUGCUGCUUCUGCCUCGUGGCUGGUGGCCUUGGCGAGCGCUUGGGCUUCCCUGGCAUAAAGAUCGGCAUCGUGACGGAAGUCAUCACAGGGACAACGUUCAUCGAGCUGUUUUGCUCGUACAUCCUAGCAUGUCAAUCUUAUGCACGCACCGACACCGGUGAUUCCAGCCUGCUGCUGCCACUCGCCAUCAUGACUUCGGGCGACACUCAUGACAAAACUAUUCACAUGAUGAGAGAAAACGCUUUCUUUGGGAUGGUGGAGGAACAGGUGCAUUUUCUAAAGCAGGAGAAGGUCCCUGCACUUGUGGACGUUGAAGCCCACAUCUCUGCAAAGGAGGGUCAAAUCGAAACAAAGCCGCAUGGCCACGGUGACAUUCAUGGGCUCAUGCAUCAGCGGGGCCUCGCCAAGCGCUGGGUGGAAGAAGGCCGGCGCUGGCUCUUCGUAUUUCAGGACACCAACCCUUUGCACUUCCGCAUCCUUUGCGCUUUGGUUGGUGUCUCUGCGAAGAACGGCUACAUCAUGAAUUCCGUGGCCAUACCCAGGAUACCUGGCGAAUCCAUCGGUGGCAUCUGCAGACUCACGAGUCCUUCGGGGACCGCCAUGACCCUGAAUGUUGAAUACAACCAGCUGGAGCCGCUGCUGAAAGAGACUCCUGCUGGCGGCGAUAUACCAGACGACUCGGGGUACUCACCGUAUCCAGGAAACAUAAACGUGUUGCUGUUCCACUUGCCCAGGUAUUCCGAGUGUCUAGCCGGCAGCGGCGGCAUCGUACCAGAGUUCAUCAACCCGAAGUGGGCCGACGUUGCCAAGACUCGCUUCAAAUCGUCGUCGCGCCUCGAAUGUAUGAUGCAGGACUUCCCACGACUCUGUGGACCAGAUGACAAGGUCGGCGUCACGCAGGUGGAGCGUUGGAUUUCGAAGACAUCCGUCAAGAACAACCUGGCGGAUGCUGUAAAGAAGAAUCCGCCGGAAUGCGCGCUGACAUGCGAGGCGGACUUGUACUCAUGCAAUGUGCGGCUGCUCCGGCUUGCCGGUGCCGACAUCGACGAACCAGACGAGGUGUCCUUCCUGGGUAUACGUGCCAACAUCGGUGCGAAGAUUGUGCUGAAGCCUUCUUUCGCGAUUUCCAUGGUGCAGCUACAGAAGAAGCUGAAAGGAAGGAUUGUCAUUUCAAACAGAUCCACCUUAGUCUUGGAGGGCGAUGUUGUGGUGGAUGGUCUGGAGCUGGAUGGGGCCCUCCACCUUACCGGCACUGGAUGUGCAAGAGGACUUCAGGUGCAGAAUCGGGGAGUCUCCAUCGUGGGCAUUCCGGACUCCGAGUUGGCGGAGGCGAGCCCGUCCCAUCAGAUCCGUGGGCGCUCAGGCUUCAACAGCGGAGUGCCAACAGCUGAGCAGCUAAGCAUGCGGAAGCGCAGAGACAUCUUGAAGGAGAGAGUGGCUGACUGCGGCCGUCCUGAUGCCCUCAACAGCCAGAUCUUGCCACGUGCCUUCCCUUGCCGGGCUCGGUCGACUUCCCGCAGCUCGACGGUUCUGAUCUCGAAGCCGGCCGCAACGGGAGAAGACGAGCUGGAACAUGCGAAAACCUGGGAGGAGCACACCAGCGAGAUCAAGGUUCCUCACAUGCCCUACAACAAAUUGGCCUCACACCGCGCAGUGGUUUGCAUGCCUUACGACACGAGCAUCUUCCUCUUCAACGAGUUCUACUCAGCCAACAUGCCAGUGUUCGUCCCUCGGGACCUGUGGCGAUGGCUCAUAGGCCCAGUCACUGCACCCAUGAUGGAGUAUCGACACUGGACUGCCGAUCAGGCCCAGGUGCCUGAGGGUUUGGGGGUCCCUGAGAGCUCCCCGUUCUACGCUUCCGUGCACCAGCCAAUGGGUGUAGAGCAAGCGCUGGAAUGGUCGGUGUACAGCGACUGGGCGAUGAUGCCACACGUGCUCUACUUUGAGGGGGUACCGGAGUUGUUUCUCAAGCUCAUGGAUGCCAAGUCCUUGCACCAGGUCUCGGUCAGCAUGAAGGUCUUCAACGAUGAGGAGCUGGUCAUUGCUGUGGAGAACUGGAAGAAGGUCGUCCAAAGGAUGGUCUACGCAGUGAGCGCGUUCAACAACUAA